AUGAAGGACAAGCGACAACGGAUGGCCCUAGCCUGGCCUUACGGAAUCGCCGACCCUCACCUGUACGCCUAUCUCGCUGCGGCCGCCGCCUCCUACCCCUACAGCCUCACUCCCCCACCUCCAGGCCUGGGCUGCUACCCAGGGGGCGUGUCCCUGUCGCGCGGAGCGGCCCCGCCCCCUUGUGGGUUCCCGCCCCCAGCCCUCCCCAUGUCGCCCAACGCUCGGCCUACACCAGUGGCGCCCUCCGACUUUCUGGGCAAUCUGACCAACACGUACCUUCGUCCCAACGUUGUGCACAAUUUCGGAAUGGGUGCGCAUCCAGGAUCGGCGGGGUUUCCCACUUCGCCACACAACCCGUUGCUACGGACGCCGUCGGUCGACCCGGCUGCAAUGUCUCUGCUCGUCGCGCAUGCAUCGUCCGCUUCCUCGGUGUUGGGCGCCCAACAUCUAGGGGGACACUCUCCUCACAACUUCCUCAACUCAAUAGACUCGAGGAAACUGGAGUCGGAAGCCUAG